AUGAAUAGGGGAUGGCACGUGGUGUAUUAUUUUAUCCUCCUGCUAAUGAAUAAAUCAUUAGGUGGAGAGAAGCUUACCAAAUUUGAUCCUGUUAUGAUAAAAGAAGGAGAAUUAUUUGGGGAAGUGUCUUAUGAUUGUGAGUAUAGUGGAUUUCUAGAAAUUCAGAAUGAUGACAUUUUAUAUUAUUGUUUUUUUGUAGGAGAAGAUGAUCAUAAUGGUUUAUUAUUAAGGAAGUUCCAUAUGGAUGAUAUGAUAUGGGGUAUACCCAUGGAAGUAUUAAUAACACGUAAGAAAAUAAAUUUAUAUAUAUUAACGGUUGAUUAUAUAUUAUCUAAAUUAAUAUUAAUAUAUAGUUUUGAUGAAAAAAUAAGAAUAACUGUAUUUAAUAAUUAUAUGGAAGAAUCUGUGAUGAGUGAAAAGAUAAGUAUUAAUUAUGAAAUAUUAUAUAAAGCAAAUAUGAUUUCUUAUAUAACAUAUUUUUAUAAAAAUAAAAAAUCUUUAUGUGUAUGUGGUAUGAAUAGAAAUGAAAAUAUUUUAUGUACUUUUUCUUUUGAUUAUGGUUUAACAAUGAAAGAUGAUCAUACGAUAGAAUUUUUUUUAAAAAAAAAAAUUCCCCUUGGACAUUAUAAAAUGCAAGUAACUUUUAAAGAAACGGAAGUUUAUUUUAAUUUGUAUAAUGAUUUGAAUGAAACCAAUUUUUAUGAACUUAAAUGUGUUAAGGAACAAGAUGAAUACAUAUGUGACAUAAUGAAUAGAAUACGUGAGACUCAAGAAUAUAACUACAAAAGGUAUACAUAUCCGUCUAGUGAGCACAACAAAUAUUAUAAUGAUCAUCAUAAUAAACAACAACAGGGGCAACACGGACAACAGGGGCAACACGGACAACAAGGGGAACACGGACAACAAGGGGAACACGGACAACAAGGGCACCAAGGACAACAAGGGCACCAAGGACAACAAGGGGAACACGGACAACAAGGGGAACACGGACAACAAGGGAACCAAGGACAACAAGGGAACCAAGGACAACAAGGGCACCAAGGACAACAAGGGAACCAAGGACAACAAGGUGGAGCACCACUAGCAAACUUAGGAGAAGAAGAAAAUAAUUUCAUUUAUAAACAUAUUGUACGUAAUAAAUAUUUUCAAAUGAUUGUUUUUCAGAAAGGUCAAAAAUGUUACCUUGCUUGGUCAUUUAAUUCUUUAAAUAUAAAUGAUGAAAUUACGAAAGAAAUAUCGUCUGUUCCAUGUUCGAAUGUAGCAUCAUACUAUAGGGAAGAGAGAUUAAUAGUGACUUUAAAAAAGAAUCAUCUUGGAUCAAGGAAUCAUUUUUUUCUAAUAUACGAAAAACUUACUGAAAAAGGCGUCGGGUGCGAAUAUGGGGUUGGGGGAAGUCUCUAUGUUACGAAGACCUUUAUGAAUAAUACAUGUGAUAUGGAUAUAAAUAACAUGAACGUUAGUACAACUAAUUAUGAUGAAAUUAAUUUUUCUAUUAUUAUUCCGUGGUCUUUUCAGUUGAAUUACAGUACAUGUUUUAUAUGGGAAGAGAAUGUGGAUAAGAAUGAAGAGAGGAGUAGUCUUUAUUACCUGGAAGAAUAUCCUACAGAAAAAGAGGAUAUAAAAGUAUAUACUUUUUAUUUUUAUAAAUAUAUAUUAAUAUAUAAAAAUUUUGAAAAAAGCACUUGUACAUUUGAAAGUAAGAAUAAUGAAAAGUUAUAUAUAUCUUUUAGAGGAGAUACAUAUUAUAAAGAAUAUAAUUGUAGUAUAUUAUUAGAUUCAUGUGAUUUCUUUCUUCAUACACAAAGUAAAAUCAAUAUCACAUAUGAUGAUGAUGUUUGGCAGGUUUCUGAAGAAUUAUAUGAUGGUUUUGUUAUGUAUAAUGGAACAUAUGUUUCUUUGUAUGAUGUUUUAAGUAGAUCUAAUGCUCAUGGUUUGAUAUAUAUAGAUGGUAAAGAAAAUAAUACAAGUAUAAAUUUGAAUAAUAUAAAAGAUAACAACAACAAUAAUAAUAAUAAUAAUAAUAAUAAUAAUAAUAAUAAUAAUAAUAAUAAUAAUAAUAAUAAUAAUAGUAAUAAUAAUAAUAAUAAUAAUAAUAAUAAUAAUAAUAAUAAUAAUAAUAAUAAUAAUAAUAAUAAUAAUAAUAAUAAUUCCUAUGGAGAACAUGAAAAAUUAAUCACGAUAAUAAUUCCGUAUGGUAUCCCAAGCACACGUACAAUAAAAAUCGAAUUUUUAAAUAAACAAAAUAAUGAAGAAAAAAGAUGGGCAUAUUUAAGAUUACAAAAAAAUGAAUAUAUAAUGAAAAAAGUCAUAGGAAUAAAUUCUUCUGACAUUUUUGAUUUAUCAUAUAAAUAUUAUAAAUAUAAUCAAGAAAAAAUUAAAUUUAUUCUUAACGAUUUUUCAGAAACAACCUAUUUAGGAUUUAUAUGUCAAACUAAAGAAGAAAUAAAAAAAAGUUUAUGCUCAAUAUCAUUAGUUGAUUAUAGUCAUAAAAACAUGAUGAUUAAUAAUUUAUUUAAAACAAAUAAUAAUAAUAAUAUAUUACCUUUCCUAUAUUAUCAAUCUGCACCUAGAAAAAUCCAACCAUAUAAUCAAAUGAUAAGUGAAUUUCGAUUUGUUCUUUUUAAAAACUUUCAUCUCUUUUUACAAGAAAAAAAAAUCAAUUAUAUAUUAUUAAAAUGCAUGUGCUCAUCUUCUUCUAGUUUCAUAAAUACACAAAAAAAUAUAGAGCUAAGUUAUCUAAUUACAAACGAACAAGUGUCACACGAUUUUAUUCAUUCGCCAGGAAUUUUAAUAAAACCCCGUACAAAUAUUUCUCACAAUGAUAAUAAAAGGAAUAAUAAAAGGAAUAAUAAAAGCGACAAUAAACACAGUAAUAAAGACAGUAAUAAAAAUAGUUAUAAUCACAAUGAUAAUCACAAUAAUAAUCACAAUAAAGAUAUAAACAUUAAUUCUAAUUACUCUAUACAUAAUAAUAAUGAAAAAAUAAAAAGAACAAAAAAAAAAAUUAAUGAUGCACCAUAUGACAAACAAGACGAAUUACCUUCUUAUGAUUUCAAUGAUCUACUUCAUGAAAAAAAAAAUGGUGCCUCUCUUUUUGAUUUCAACCUUGUACUGUUUCUCUUUAUUUGUAUCACACUGUUCUAG